AUGGUGAGACGGGCAAGCGCAUUUGCGAUCCUCGUCUUAUGUUCGUCUCUGCUGUCUACAGAUGCAGCCGGUGGCGGAAGUGGUGGUGGAAAUGAUGGCAGUGGUGGGAACGGUGGUGGAACGACGUUCAAUGUUAUGAGCUACGGUGCAAAGCCUGGAACGAAACAAGAGAGCACGCAGGCGUUCAUGAAAGCAUGGAAUGCAGCCUGUAAUACAAAUGGGAAAGCCACGGUCUUAGUUCCAGCUGAUGUCUACAUACUAGGGGAAACAAUAUUUCAAGGGCCAUGCAAGAGCCAAAUUCCCAUCACUGUUCAAGUUGAAGGAACUCUACAAGCAGUUUCCGAUGCUUCGGUUUACAGCGGAGCUGGCUGGAUCUCGUUCAGUCACAUUGACGGCCUAGUCCUGACCGGUGGAGGCACGAUAGACGGACAAGGAAACAGCCUCUGGAAGUACAACGACUGCAACGAAUCCAGAUUGCGUUCAUCUAGCGGCCGCCUCACCAUCACUGCCCCUGGAGAUAGCCCAAACACCGAUGGCCUGCAUAUCAGCAAAUCCAACAUGGUGAAAGUGUCGGAGAGCAUCAUUAAGACGGGCGAUGAUUGUAUCUCGAUUGGCCAAGGAGCGAAUAACAUGACGGUCAACAAGAUAACUUGUGGGCCUGGGCACGGCAUUAGUGUCGGAAGUCUAGGCAAGGAACCAAAGGAACUAGAUGUAACAGGGCUUAUAGUGCAGAACUGCACCUUGCGCGGAACAACAAAUGGGAUCAGAAUCAAAACAUAUGCAGCAUCAGAUCCAAGCCGGGCUUCAGGAUUCCUAUUCCAAGACAUCAUCGUUGAUAGCGUGCAGAACCCUAUAAUCAUUGACCAAAACUACGGCAGCAAAUCAGCCAAGCCAUCCCUCGUGAAAAUCAGCAACGUCGUUUACCAAAACAUCAGAGGAACGACAGCACCACUGGUUGCUGUCAAUCUUAAAUGCAGCUCAGGAGCUCCAUGUCAGAACGUGCACCUGCAUAACAUCGAUCUGCAGGCAACAGGGAACAUAAGACCUACAUCGAUAUGUUCCAGUGCUAACGUGGGAUACAGCGGUGUACAAAAUCCACCAGCUUGUAAGCCAGGAGCAUCACGGUGAUGUUUUAGAGCAUGUAACAUCAGGGGCACUGUGUCUGCAUCCCCGGUAGAGACGGAAGCCAGAGGAGAAAGAGGCUAAGAAGCCGACACAAAGAGGAUGGCUGUGAUACGGAAAUGAGAAUGAAAGGUUUAGGUUAGGAUUGUGAUUUUGCUCUACCAUUGCUGGAGUGAAGCUAGAGUAGAUAGUAAUAGUCAUUAGGCUAUGUGAUAG